GCCGAGACCAGCGGCAGGCUCUCGUCUGCAGCCUCGGUGCUCGUGGCGUGGCGCGCUGGCAAGGACCGCGCCCCCACGCCGCCGGACCUGCUGCGGCCCGUGGUGCAGGCGCUGGUCGACCAGGAGCCGGACGCGCUGGUCGCCGAGGUCUGCGAUCACUUGCGCGCCCACAAGGCCGUGCUCUGCAAUUCAAGGAACGCCAGGGAGAUCCUCGACGUCGUGGCGCGGGCAGGUAACACCGCCGCCAUGGCCACGCUGUGGAAGACCUUCAACACGACCUUCCAGAUACCACCCACUUCCUCCGUGUACGAGGUGCUCAGUGGAGGCUACGCUUCCGUCGGUGCCGAGGACAAGGUUGGCGAAGUGGCCGCCGAGAUGAAGCGGAACCGCAUGAAGCCAACCGCCCGCGGCUUGUCUCUCACUAUCAAGGGCUACCUCAAGAGUGGUAUGAUCUACCCCGUGAUGAACCAGAUCGUCGAGAUGAAGAAGUUGGGCUUCCAUGUGCCCCCUUACGCGCUGGCGCAGUUUUUCCGCAUCUCCUGUGAGGCAGGGCGCCUCCAGGAGGUCUUCGAGGCUGCGACGGCCGCUGGCCUGCAGGCGCCCUCGGAGGCCGUGGUCCUCAUGCUGGAGCACUGCGCCCACAAGAACCACACGGACCUCGCCCUCCGUAUCGAGAGCGCCGCCCGGGAGGCCAAAACUCCCCUGCUGGUCGGAGCCUUCGACGCCUUACUGAAGCUCCACUCGCUGUCGGGCGACCUGCGCGCGAUAGACCUGUUCGAGGAGAUGAAGGCGUCGGGCUGCAGCAUCAGUGAGGGCCUCUGCGUCGGCCUGCUGGCGAGGUGCGCGGAGUCGAAGUUCCUGCGCUUCGCGGACCUCAUCGUCAAGCACGUGCGGGCCAACGCCACCAUGACGAUCGCGCUGUACAGCGCCCUCAUGAAGGUCUACGCCUACUGUGGCAUGUACGACAAGGCCUGCGAUCUGUACGACCAGCUCAGGGAGGACGGCCUGGAGCCAGAUUCCAUGAUGUACGGGUGCCUCAUGAAGUUUGCGGUGGAGUGCGGCCGCACCGACCUUUCCCGCGACCUUUCGGAGAAGGACGCUGCCGUCAUUGACGCAUGUCCCACGUUCGCCACGCAGAAGUCCGCGGGCGGUGCCAAGGGCGCCAUGGCACUCGCUGCUGGCCAUGGACACAGGGGCGCUCCACAGUCCGUCGAGGCGAGCCUGCAGAGCAUGGAGGCGCGCCUCCAGACAUCACUGCAGGCGGCGGUGGCGACGGCUAGCGCAAGCAUGCCCCAGGCCUUCCAGGACACGGUCAUCGACUUGGCGAAGCAGAGCGAUGCGCGAUUCCUGGCAAUGGAAGACCGCAUCGCACCGGCGGAGGCUAGAAUGGACGACCUCGACCGCAUGCAGAAAGAUAUCCAGAUGCUCACGGACGAGUUGGUGGUGCUCACCUCUGGAGUCUCGGUGCCGCAGACGGGCGGCAGCUGGGACAGAGACCCCGACCCUGCGGUGGUCACGGUCUUCGCGAAGCCGACGCUGCCCAAGCAGGCGGUCGAGCAGGCCCUGGCCCCGCUGGUCGCGGAGGCGCAGCUCCACGAUCACGUGCGGCUGGAGGGCGACGCGGUCUCGCAGAGCCUCUUGCUGCGCUGCAAGGGUGCGGGCGCGCUUGCCGAGAGGAGGGCCGGCACGCCUCUGCAGCUCAUGCGGCUCGGCCCGGGCCAGUGGCGCGAGGUGCGCGCGACGGCCCCGACGGGCGCGCAGGUCAACCUCAAUCUGGGCGAGGACCGCAAUCGACGACGGAUCAGGCAAGGCAUCGAGAGGAUGCUUCCCCGCAAGUUGUUCAUGGAGAAGGAUGCGGCCGCGCUCUCGCCCCAGUGGGCUUAG